GUCCGUCCUGCCUGUGAAUCGGGAUCCUGCCAGGUCUUUUGGCGCACGAGGCAAAGAGCCCUGUUUAGAGUGCGCCGGCGGCGCAUGCAGGUUGGGCUCCUACUGUUUGGCCACUGCUCCACCUGGGGCCAGCUCUGCCCUCGUCGCAGAGAUACAUACUACCCCAUCUGGCGGUUCCGGACCCGCGCUCCCGUCCCGACAUUGCCUGUCUUUUAGUGCAAGAACCUGCCCUUGGCCUAGUCACAGCAGUUCUCCAGCACUGUGUGUUCCAGGGGAAAGCAAAAACGAAAGCACAUAUCUUUCAGGUGUUCCCCCAUCCUUUCAGCCGUAGCACCCAUCAUACCAUCUGACAGAGCGUCUGCCUGCUCUGUGGCUUUCUUGCUCUUUAUAAUCUCCCCUCCCGCCGCCGUUUUUCUUCCCCGUUGCCUCAGGCUGGAUCAACCUUCCUCGUCCUCUUUUCUCAACUUCCUGUUCCUGUCCCAUACUGCCUAUCUAUGCGACAUCCACAUCUGCCAUUUCGCUCGUAAACGACCCGCACAGGCUGCUUCCCUGCGAGGCGUCCACGCCGUUUGCCAAAGGCCGGAGUAAUAUCAGUCAUGACCGGCAACACCGACAACGCCAUGGCGAGGUUCCUAUUCGCAAUCCUGCGACAGAAGUGUCUCAAGGAUAUCGACUGGAACAAGGUCGCUUCAGAUCCUGUGCUUCUUCAGCCAAUCACAAACGGCCACGCUGCGAGGAUGCGAUACAGUCGCUUCCGCUCCUCGAUGCUUGGUAUCGAGCCACAGCGUAGGAACCGUACGGCCGGCAGCGGCUCACGUGUCACCAAGAGCAAGAAGGACAAGGACGCAAAGCUGGACAAGGCGCCCAAGACAAAGAGAGACGAGAACCUCGAGGGUGCCCCCGAGACUCAAGAGGAGGGAGCUGCGGAUUCUGUUCCGAGCCGCUCUGCUCCCGUCAAGGUCAAGCACGAGAUUAAGCCGCUCGUGCUGGAAAGCCAAGUCAGCGCUUGUUCACCACCAUCCACUACCAUUGGUACAUUUCCCGACAGCCGCGUCCAGUUCCAGAACCGACUCAUGACCCCUUGCAGCGACACCGACGUCAUCAUGGCCCCUCAAAACUAUGCCGGCAGCCCGAUCAGCGAUGUCUUGCAAACGGAACCAUUCGACUUCCCUGCGCCGGCACACUGUGGCAACAGCAACGACCACGGAGCAUGGCACCACCACAGCCCGACAUACACCACCUUUGGGAUGGCCUACGAAUUGGACAACUAUCCCAUCAACUUCUCUGAGCAUCCUAGUCCGCAAGACCAACAUCGCACUUACCAUCACCAUCACGAACACUCCCAGGGGCUGUGCGACCCUUCAGCUGUCAUGAGUCCUGAUCACCACGCCAGUGUGAAGCAGGAGGCCUGGGACAGCCAAUUCCAUAUUGUCUGAGGUGGACGAAGCGGAAGGCGGGCACUGUGUCAUUGAUUCCUCUGGCGACAUCUAAUUUGAUCCGCUCUGUUGUGCAAGGGGUCUACCCGGGUCGCUCUCCUGCCCCGCCGUUGCUAUUUUCUACUGGUUUCCUGUUUUCCCAUAUCGGUGUCCGGGUUUCUUGGUGGGUUGGUUUCAGAUGUUGGUAACGUCAUGGUCCUUUUGCGUCUUACGAAUUCCCAUAUUUUCCUGGCUUGUGUUGGUCUAGAUCAAAACCCCAUCCCCUUGAUAGAUCUGUACGAUUAUGCGGGCGCUAUCUUGGCACCUAGUCGAAUGAUGAGAUAUGCCGCGUUGGUUUUGGAGUUAUUGAUUAAUGUGGUAACACCUGCCAUCUUGACACAUGGUGUGAAGGCCGGGAUGCAGUGGUGAAAACCACGACUGCU